CGUGAAUCUUUCAGUCGAGCGAAGCCAAUGUGACUCAAGCUUCUAGGUUAAACUAUUAUCAAUUCAGCGCCACAAGUGACUCGAUGGCUGUUGUCCGUCUAGCUUAAAUAGAGUCAGUUAGACAACUAUUAGUGGGGGACUGUGUGAACUCCAACAACCACAAUGUCGAAACCCACCGAAAUCACAGGCGGAUGCCUCUGCGAAUCCGUGCGAUAUACAAUCAAAUUCCCAGCGAAUCACGACUGGGAUGACUGUGUCGGCACGUGCCAAUGUACAUAUUGCAGAAAAGUCACUGGCGCCUUGUUUUUCCGAUUCUAUUCCAUCCCGAAGGAGUGCGUUGAAUUCACAGCAUCGUCGACGCUGCAAAACUACGAAGCUACCCCAGGAAAACGUCGCGGCUUCUGCACGAAAUGCGGAAGCUACCUCUACUAUUCUGGCAUCACAAGUAAAAAUCACAGUCUUGCUGUUGGGUGCUUUGAUGAACAGUAUUUAAAGGAAUUUGGGCCUCUGUUGACAAAGGAGGGUGCUGUUUUGUAUUGCAAGAAUGAGAUUCCUGGAGUGACGGAUCAUCUACGAGGAGAUCGAUUUGAAACUGUGCCCGAAGAGUAAAGGCGUUAAUAAAUGAAUGUUAAAAUAAAUAAAUGUUAAAUCCUCAACAAAGCUUUUGUAAGAAGUCACUCCGCG